CCUUUGGAUUGUUGCGUGUCUCGUUUGGUAUUAGUUUACGUCGAUGGACUUUCAUUUUAUACUUUCUGGAACUUUGGUUCUCCCGUAUUAAACAACGCACACAUGUGGAAUAAUCGUGUCUUGAUUCUUGGUAAAGGCGUGCACAGAGCCUUGCGUCCGGUCUUACAUAACAGACUUUGCUCAAGUGAAGCUGUACCCAAAAUAACAACUCAUUACACGAUCGUACCGCGAGAAACUGAUUCAAGAUGGAAAGAAGUAGACAUGGAGAGAUUUUCGGACGAAGCCGAUGUAGUUAUAGUUGGGGGAGGACCGGCGGGGUUAUCAGCAGCAAUCAGACUGAAGCAAUUAGCAGAAGAAACAGGAAAAGAACUGAGAGUUUGUCUUGUCGAGAAAGCUUCUGAAAUCGGUGGCCAUACUCUCUCUGGUGCCUGCCUAGAGCCAAGAGCACUUAAUGAACUUAUUCCAGACUGGAAAGACAAAGGGGCACCUCUCAAUACACUCGUAAAGGAGGAUAAAUUUGCAAUACUCACAGAGACUGGAAGAAUUCCUGUCCCUAUAUUACCAGGACUGCCCAUGCAUAACCAUGGUAACUACAUUGUACGUCUCGGGAAUGUUGUUCGUUGGCUAGGUGAGCAGGCAGAAGCACUAGGAGUGGAAAUAUACCCUGGAUACGCUGCCAGUGAAGUGUUAUACCAUGAUGAUGGCAGCAUCAAGGGAAUUGCUACAAAUGAUGUUGGUAUCCAGAAAGAUGGUGCUCCUAAGCCUACAUUUGAACGAGGCAUGGAACUCCAUGCGAAAGUUACCAUAUUUGGUGAGGGAUGUCAUGGCCACCUUGCUAAGAACUUGUACAAGAAGUUCGACCUGCGGGAAAACUGUGAUCCACAAACAUAUGCCAUUGGGCUCAAAGAGCUUUGGGAAGUAGCACCUGAGAAACACCAUCCUGGAAGAGUAGAGCACACUGUUGGCUGGCCCUUGGAUAAAACUACAUAUGGAGGUUCAUUUUUGUAUCACCUUGAUGAGGACACACCCCUGGUUGCUGUUGGUUUUGUGGUUGGGUUAGACUACAGCAAUCCCUAUUUGUACCCUUUCAAAGAAUUUCAGCGUUUCAAGCUUCAUCCCUCGGUAAAGCCAACAUUUGAAGGAGGUAAACGGAUAGCUUAUGGUGCAAGGGCACUCAAUGAAGGUGGCUUUCAGUGUAUACCCAAGCUGGCCUUCCCUGGUGGCCUUCUUGUUGGCUGUAGUCCUGGAUUCAUGAAUGUUCCAAAGAUCAAGGGAACCCAUACUGCAAUGAAGUCUGGGAUGCUUGCAGCCGAAUGUGCAUUUGAAGCAAUAACUGAUGAAAAUUAUUCUUGUGAUACACAAGGUCUUCUCUUGGAUUCAUACGAGUCACGGCUGCGGGAGAGCUGGGUCUGGAAAGAACUCGAGAGCGUACGCAACAUAAGGCCCUCUUUCCACAGCCCCUUGGGUCUAUAUGGCACUAUGUUGUACACGGGUAUUUUCUAUUACAUAUUUCGCGGCAAGGAGCCAUGGACAUUGAAAAACAGCAAACCUGAUGCGGAAUACUUAAAACCCGCCAAAGAAUGUAAAGCGAUCGAGUACCCCAAACCUGACGGAGAAGUAACCUUUGAUUUGCUGUCAUCUGUUGCUCUUAGCGGAACAAACCACGAGGGGGAUCAACCGGCGCAUUUAACCCUUCGUGAUGACUCUGUACCCGUCAAUAGGAACCUGGCGAUUUACGACGGACCCGAGCAGAGAUUUUGCCCCGCGGGGGUGUAUGAAUAUGUCCCCAAGGAGGAAGGAGAUGGAAUGAGGUUGCAAAUCAACGCCCAGAACUGUGUUCACUGCAAGACAUGUGACAUUAAGGACCCCAGCCAGAAUAUCAACUGGGUGGUUCCCGAGGGGGGCGGGGGACCGGCGUACAAUGGAAUGUGAUGACAAAUUCGAAAAUUGCCAUUUGUUGAGUUUCCUCUCCAAAAAAAAAAUUAAUACAAUCCCUAAGUUAUUUUAAAGCGUCACAGCUUUCCGUGAAAGAAUUAUAGAAAUUGAAAUGUUAAGGGACAGUCAUUCUCUAUAUGAGAUUAUCUCAAAGCAAGAUAUCAAAAGCGCUCUCAAUGAACUUCAUGUGUUUGUCGAUUCGCUGUCUUUAACAUUCUCGCUCUAAAAUUUUCUCUCCUUUCGUUACUUUACAAUGUAAUUAACUUCUGUAACGGGAAAAAUACGUCAAGUUUUAUAUAAUCGAAAAGAUUUAAAACCGAUAAGCAAAUAAUGAACGAUACAUGAAAACUUCAAUCGCUGAGGCUGCGUUGCCCUCAGCCAGCGGAGUAGAAAUAGGAUUGAGAUCAUCGCUUCAUGUUACAUUUUUUUAUGCAGGAAACUAAACAGCCAAUUUCAAUACUGUUAAGCGUUUUAUUAUCUCUAUUGAGUUUAAAAAAAUGUCUAUUUCACGUUGUUUGGACUCUGAUUACAAUUCCACUUCGGGAGAUUCAUUUUUUUACGAUAAGAGUCGAUGUACUGGGCAAUAAAUAAAGUAACUCUUCCUGU